AAAAAACCAAUUCUCAAGCUCCUCUGUAAAGAUCAAGAUCGAUAUCUAAGCGAGCCGCAGAGCAGGAACAGCCACCGGAGAACCACCGAAAAGAAAACGGAAAUCACCCCAAGCUCCUUCUCUCUUCUGCCCUUCUGCCCCGAAUCUUCUCUCUACCGUUGCUGUUUCUGCAUAAAUCACAGAGAGCACAAGCUGGAAAUUUCUGAGAGUUUUGUCCCUUUUGUGCGGCUGUUACAGAGAAGAUAUACAAGAAGUUUUCUGUGGUUUUGAGUAGAGAGAGUGGCUGUUUGGUUGUGAUCAAUGAAGAUGAUGAGAUCAGAGAUGAUCGGCAUGGUGGUGGGAUCCAAGUCCGGGCCCGGAGUGACGGUUGGAGAAAAGAUGACUUCAAGGACGACUGUUUUUUUUUUUGUGGCUACCGCCCUCCUUUUUUUGUAGGAUCCCCUGAAAAAUGUCUUUUGUGCGUAGGGGGUUUUGUUAUUUCUUUUAGGCUGAGAAUGGGCUAGACUUUGGUUGGGCUCCAAUCAAGACCCAACCGCUCA